CAUAUCGAUUCCAAACAACGUGCAAAGUACGUGAGAGACAGCUGACCGUAUCUUUCCAGCGUCAAACAGAUUAGUACCACGGUCAAGGAGGCCACAGAUAUCUGCACUUGCGAAAAGUGCAGCACAGGCGCUACGCGUGGAUCUCUUCAGCGUCCAAGACAACCAAAAAACGCCACGUCGUUAGGUCAUGAGGGGGCCGUUGCUACCAUUUCUGCUGUUUGCGACUACGUGUCUCUCAACUUCGGCUGAUUUUCGUGGCUGGAUGCGCAAAGUCCGAGAAGAACCGCCGUUGUUCGAGAUAGUCGAAGGGGAAACACGGAGCAACAGCCCUGUCUGGGGAUCUUUUGUCGACAGAUACUCGACCCAAGGUUACGGCUUUCUUGAAUUGUACUCAAACGAAAGCUACUCGGACCGAGACCAAGCGUUCAACGCUGGCAUCUUCGAGGGUUACGCAACGGCGGACAGGGCAAUCAUGCACUACGACAAUUUGUGGAAACAGUACUGCGCUCAUCAAGUCGACAGCUGUGUGAAACUCUUCCAAUUCAUUGGCGCUACGCUGAACUACAUGCAGCAGCAGGCUACAGAGCUUGCAGUCAAGGACCCCUACUGGCAUCAGGUUGACAUGGUCCUAACGCAGCUUAACGCCAUUAGCGCCGGAAUCACCGCUCGACAGAACAAGGUGCGGUUCUUUUCGCCACAAGAUGUUGACAUCACUCGUGCCAACAUGUUACUAUUUCUAAACCUCGAUGGUGAAGUGGACGACAUAGAAGCCAGACUUCGACCUGUGACCACAUCGGGUGUCAACGUCGAUGAGCCGAUGGCUGGUCGACGUGCCGACUCGGCGCUGGUCAAGCUGCUGCCCGGAAACAAGGACCUCCUGCUGUCACACGUGAGCGGUGGGCCGUACGCAGGCAUGACCAAGAUCCUAAAGAAGUACUCACUUAACCUGCACACAUCAGCUAAGUCUAAAAAAAAAAUUGCGGGCAGGGUUCAUGCAACAUCAUCCAGCCCUGGAAAGCUCACAUCAGGGGAUGACUUUUACCUCCUUUCAAAUGGACUGGCACUCAUGUCCACAGGUAUCGAGGUGCACAACAACUCUCUCUACCGCUUCAUCACACCAAACUGCGUAUUCGAGUUUGUGCGCGCCAUUGUCGCUAACCGACUGGCGACGUCGGCGACGGAGUGGAUCAAUAUUUAUAGCAAGAACCCCAGUGGAACAAACAGCAAACAAUGGAUGAUCGUUGAUUAUAACAAGUUUAAACCGGCACAACAAAUACCAGAUGGACUGCUCUGGAUCAUGGAAUCUCUCCCCGGAUUCACACACACGGAGGAUGUCUCCGCUGUCCUCCGGAAGCAGUCAUAUUGGCCGAGCUACAACAUCCCGUACUCUAGCUUGAUGUUCCAGUUGAGUGGUGCACCAUUCAACGUACAGAAGUACGGAGACUGGUUCACAUACGACAAGCACCCGAGGGCGCAAAUAUUCAAGCGGGACCACAUCAAAGUUGUUGACACAGGUUCCAUGGUCAAAUUGAUGAGGUAUAACGGCUUCAAGGAAGACCCUGCCUCCAAAUGUGUCUGCAUUCCUCCGUUCAGUGCCACGAAUGGCAUAUCAGCACGUAGUGACCUCAACAUUUUGAUGGGUCGUUACCCUUUUCCUGCUCUUGGGCCGGCAUCCCGAGGAGGCAUAGACAUGAAGUUGACAAAUACGUCACUUGCCGUUGGACUUCAAUUCAUUGCUGUGGCGGGACCCACGCAGGACCUGCAGCCGCCGUUCCGCUGGUCCACAUCCGGGUUCCACGACCCCCAUGAUGGUCAGCCGGAUUUAUGGAAUUUCACGACAUUCGUUUGGACCUGGGGAAAAGGUCACUGCCAACCAUAAAUAUCACUCUAAAAACGUUGCUGA